AUUUAGGCUUGAAAGAAGUGCUUCUGCUGCCCUAUUGUGAAAAGGCGUCAGACUUCUGCAUUUGAUGUCAAGUUGAUCGCAUUAUUAUCACAAAAACGUUGGAUAAAUCGGCGUGGCUUAUUGUUGUCAACUUUGGAGAUUCUCAGGAUCUGCAUUCUUUCAAGAGGACGUUUGACAUAACGGUCAUGGCUGGAUACUACCCAAAUAGACGUGGGAGAGGAGGGAAUUCUGGCCAACAACAUCAUAUGAGGAAUUCUGGUCAACAGCAACACCCUGGGUUGGGGUACUAUGAGCAGCUUGCAGUGGGGAAUUCUGGCCAAGAGCAAAGGGAUGACAUGAAGGGCACGGGCCACAUCAUUCAUCAGCAGGUCAAUGAAAGGGGGAUAGAGGAGAGCCAUGUGUGCGGCGUCCACAUGACUGUUGGGCAACUCAUGGAUGAAUGCUUCUGCUUUGAAAAAAAUCAGUACAUUGGGAAGCAAGUGGCUGCAGCCAAUGAAAUGACAGAGGAUAAAGAGAUCGUCCCACAUUAUCCUCGUCCUGUGGAGUUCCAUGUGUCCCAUAUCGCUCACGUGACUACUGAAGAGGGCAUGAAUACUGUCAUGAGCCUGAUGGGAUUUAUUGGGAAGAGCAGCGCCAUCGUGUGGUGGGACCUUGCAAUUGGUCCAGAGGAGGUCGGUGGGGCGGAGCAGAGGUACCUGGACAAGGUCUUCCCUGAUCGCACUGAAGAGGAGAAGAGGAGAAAAAUGCCGUUCCUGCGCAAGUUCACCACCUCACCUGUGUUCAAGGACGGGUCUCGCUACGGAAACUUCCGCUUUACCUUACCACUGAAGGAGGUUCUGGAAGCCUACCGUUCUCAGUUCUGUGGCGAGAAGGAGCCCAUCCUUAGAGUGUGGCAGACUGUUGUGUACAAGCAGGAGAUCAUGUACAGUGUGAUGGUCCACUGCCCUGAUGUUCACUGCUAUGAUAAUUUCCCAAUACUGGGCGAUAAUGAGGAAGGUAUGUGUGCCUACCGCAAUGGGGAGAUUAUCUGGCGUGCUCAGGCCAUCUCAGAAACUCAUGAAUUUAGGCUGAAAACCAGACAUGACAGGAGACAGGUCAGUGCACAGCGUGUUAACGAGAAGGUGUUUUACGUGUGGGAUCACGUGGCCCUGGCCUUCCACGUUCCCAGUGAGGAUGGCCUGUCUUUCCCCCGUCAGAAGCUCGUUGACUGCCUGACUGCAUGUCCUGAUGGGGACAUGGCGCUGAACGAGCUCAUUGGCUAUGAGAAGGCGAAGAAGGCAGUCGAUGAUUGGAUAGAGCUGCAGGAGAUGUUGGAGCAGCUGGAUGACUUGGAGGGUAUGUCAAUGGGUGAGAGGGUGGCAAUGGGCAAGUACUUCCCACUGAGCAUCAUUGGGUAGAUCAGUGUCAUUUCAAAUUAUGCUGCUUUCCUAUUGGUCGCCAGGCAUGCAUUACAAUUGUUUAUCAUCGCACAUGACCCAAAAGCAGUUCUGUCAAAAAAAAGUUCUAUAUGGAAAAAAGUUACACUAUCACAAUUUCUAGCAAUUGUUAAACAAAUGACAUAGUCAUGGCAGAGGGACUGUGCAGGGCUCCACUAAUGUUAGUCUACAUUGUAGCCAAAAGAUGUCAAAACAUUUUUUGUUCCACACUCUCCCAAGUACUGUCACUGUGUGUGUGCUACUACUUUUAUGAUUGUGUACACAUUAUGCUAUAUUCUGUCAUUAUCAUUCUAUCAUUUCUAUCACAUAAUUUGUUCUGUUGUAUGUUCUGUUCCUAUUAAAGUUGUCAAUUUGGGGGGGGGAAAAAAACUUUUUUGGUAGUUUAUAAAUUCUUACAUUACGUUCUGCUCAUGUCUCCUGAAUGUUGAUCACGUGCAAAAAAAAUCACCUCUAAAAAUUCUUAAUCCUUACAUUCUAUGUGAGUAAAAAAAAUAAAGCUUUUGUUAA